CUACUAUUUCUACGUGAAAAUUAAUGUUUUCUCUUUUCACCGCACAAAAUGUUGCGACACACUUUCCGGACAUUAACGUCUCAAGUCAUUAGUUCUAGAUUCUUAUCGAGUAAGUACAGCGAUUCCAAUAGUAACAAAACACCAAGUGACAAUAUUGCAUUCGAAGUCGACUAUUAUUACAAACAGGAUAAAGAAUUACUAGAGAUAUUAAAACAGAAAUUGCAAGAGGAGGUGAAAUGCAUGCAGGAUGAACUUAAAACAAUGCGAAAUAAGGUGGACGAAUAUAAUCGCAACAUCAACGAAAAUCUUCGAUUUUUGAAAGGUCUCGAAAAAGAUUUAUCGGCUAGCGAUAAAAAAUAAAGUCCUGUUUAUUUAUCUGAUGAUUAAUCUUCGACUAUCAUAGUCACUGUACCAGUCUACCAAAUGCAUUUUAUAUUACAUUAUUCCGUUUACCAAAUGGCCAUGACAAAAUUUGUUUUUCUAAUAAGAAAUGUAUUUGUAAUGUGCAUACAGUUGAAUCGAUGUACAGAAAGAUUACUAAAAUACGUGUAACCUUUCCUUAUGUAUUUCAUCUAAUUGUAGUUCAUUUUAAUAUGCUCAUUUUAAUAUACAUGAACUUUUCAAGAGAAAA